AUCCUACUAUGUCUUCUCUUCCUCCCCUGCCUGAGGAUGGAGAAGUCGAAGAACAAGCUAUCGUUGCCGAAGACAAUCAAGGUUCUUCUCUUUAUGAAAGUGAAGUCGCAGGUUCUCACAAAUCUGCGGCUUCCCAUGAAAAGGAAGUUGAAUCUGAAGCCAGCGAGUCGACGCAAUCCCUUCCUCCUGCUGUUUCCCCAAAGAACAAAAGGAAAAGGGAUGACGCCGAAGCUUCCGGCACCUCCAAACCCGAAGAAACUGUUCCUUCUCAUCCGGAGUCGGCUUAUGAUCCAUACCUCGGAACUCUUAUCAGUUCUGAUGAUGAAGAAGUGUUACCAACUGUUGAUGUGGCUACUCGAACGAGUACGUCACAUACAUUAGUCGCCUCGGAAACGCCAGUCGAAGGGGAAGAAACGUCGCCUCCUCGACAAAAUGUCGGCACCGCGACUCCUCCGACAAGCCCCCGAGCCUCUUCACCGAAAAGGGCAAGGACGGAGAUUAUCGCGGAACCUACUCUCCAAUUGAGUAGCUCCUCGAACCUUCUCAUGGAGGAUCCUAUGAUCAAGGAUCUUCUUCGCAUCGGUGCCCAAUUUGUUGGGUACCGUGAAUAUGCUAAUAAAACUGAAGAAAAACUGGCGGAAGCCAAUGAGCGUGCCAACACACUUGCUCAACAGUUAGAGCAUAGUGAAAAGGCUCGCAAAAAGGCCGAAUUGGAUGCCACUGAAGCUAGAGCAGAAGCUGCCAAGGCCAAGGCUGACGCUGCUGGUGUCGAAGAUCUUAGAAAAAGGCUUCACACCGCUGAAACUUCACUGAGCGAUCACAUAGCUGCCCAAUCUGCUCGUGAAGAGGCGAUCCUUAAGCGCUUAAGGACACAAAGUCGCCGCUUCGUCGCUAGAACAGCUCAAGAGUUUCAACUUGAAGAACCUGCCAAUGAUCCUCUUCCUGACGCCCUGUCAUUCCUCGAGGUUCAUGGAUCAGAGUUGAUUUUUGACAAUUAUUCGUCAAUUCCUGGUCCUCCCGAAGUUUUUCCUUCGUCCCUUUCGAAGAAAUCUUCUGUCCCUGUUAUCCUUGAUGAUUCUUCGAGUAUGGAUCUGACAGAAGAAUUGAAAGAACUUCGAGUACAACUCCAGUCUGUGAAGAAGCAAUCGCUUAUACUUAUGGAGCAGUCUCUAGAACCUUCUGAAAAGGAGAAAAUUGCGCUCCAACAAGCUCAGGAUGCCGUAUCUGAGAAGGACGCUGCUGUUGCUGAGGCUGCUGCAGCUACAUCUCGAGAAAAUUCUAUGCUCCAGCUGCUAACAGAUGCUAGCUUGGAUAUGGCGGAGAAAAGGGCGACGGGAGAGCUCGAGCGUUUGCAGAAAUCAUUGCAGUACCCGCGGUACGUCGACGAUGAGGACGACGGCGACAGGGCUCUGGGCGGUGCUUGA